AUCACAUUAUUUAUGUCAGUUAACAUCUGUGUGAAGAUGACAGAUGUGUGACUUGUGCUGGAAUCUAUUAUCCCUCCACAACAACGGUGGUUUCACCAUAUUUAUAUAGGCGGUCAUCACACAAUGACACCCGCUUCCAGACGGUGUGUUACUAUACGUAGUUAUUGAAGAGGAGAGAAUACAAUGGCUUGAUACCUUAUACGGAGGCUUUAUAGGAAAGGGAGUUAACUGAAAAGGGCCUUUAUUGUGAUUAUAUGUAUGUAAUUUAAAACUGACAUCUGUGUUUUUUGACAUACAUUUGCCUAAUGUAUUCAUCUUGUAAGGAAGUAUAUGUUGGCAUGUACCAAGGGUUCUCAUGAAAUUUAAAAGCUUAUAAUUUGACUGCUAAUAUUGUGGUAGAACAUAAUCCACAUAGUGUCUUCAUGAUUAACAGUUCUUAAGCUCUUAAUACCUCGCUAAUUAUUCUGAACAUCAAAGGUCUUCCAUCACGCCAGGUGAGAUGACAAGGGUCUAUUCUCCCCUCAACCACACCCAACUAUUUAAGCUUGAUGAUUCAACAAAUUUCACCCAGGCUACAGAAUCAGUCUUAGAAAUUUCCUUUACCCAGAGCGCCAAUUCCUGCUUUUAAUGCCAUUUGAGUCAGAAGUGUUGUAUUACUAGAUUCCACUGCAUCCCUUUUCAAAGUGAAGUCAUCAGACCUGGAUGAAAUUACCAUAGAAUCGCCUGUAAUGUAUGCCGAGACUCUCACAUCAGUGAGCUGCAAAAGUAUCAUUGUGAACAGCCUACAUAAGGAAUAUUAGCAUAGUGAAGAAUUCAGUAGAUGGCUAUUGCUGGACUAGCAGAUCUUUGUCCAAACUGCGAGGGUGAAUUGAGGCAUCCUGAGCUUUCUUGAUCCUUUCUCACUAUACAGGACCUGAUCUUAAUUGUUGUGUACAUUAACAAGUUAAUGUCUGCCCAUCCUUAGGAAACUACCUGGGAGGCAAUUUAUAACAGUUCAGGCUUAGUUCUUGCCUGCAGUCUGGGUGGCUAUAGGCGGAGUGACAGACCCCUUGGUACGUGACUUUGUAUAUCUCUUCAGUGCUUCACGCACUCUUGUCCGAAGCGAACCUUGCCAGCACAGUAAUUCGUACUCUCUGACAAAUGAACAGAACAGGAUGACAGUUCAAUAUCUCGCAUGCCUUAGCUAUAACAUUAUAAUAGAUAUCUUUGGUUCUUCAGCUCAGGAUUCAGGGAUGGUAAAUAGUCAUCAGAAUUGAUCUGUGUUGGCAAUCGUUUUUCUUUAUUCCCUUACUCUUAUAAACCAGACCUUUGAAAGCAACAGAAUUCUUCUUCUGGCCAAUAGGUAACCUUGAGAUAAUUCCAAGACUUGGAAUUGUGGGUGCCAUACUUGAUGUGUAAGACUGCAUAAGUGACAUAAUGUAGAGGGCAGUUGGCGUACGUGUAAAUUAUAGCCAAUUGAGUAUAUUUAUCGCCUGUGCUAUUUGUUUUGACUGAUACUCAUGUAUACAUUAGCAGACAUAAAUAGCCUGGGGCGGUUAACAAGUUAGAGAUGGCCUGCUUUUCAUUACCAUUAUAGCACUACCAUUAAUCUACACUGUGAAGCUUAAUCCUAGAUUAGCCGCUUCCCGCAGAAGCUGAUUGGCAGAUUAACGCUAAUCCGGAUUAGCUCCUUGACAUCUUGAUACUCUCUUGGUAAAUGCGUGGCCUGUUGGAAAUUUAACAAGGCACUUAGAGGAACUAAGGAAAGCCCUGACUUAAUGCCUUUGUGACGUAGUGUCUUGGGGAAACAUUAUAGACUCUGUCAGAGAGCAUGCAGGUCUGAGGAGAUCUGAGCAAACAGCCUAGCCAGUCAGUUUAUUGAGAACUGACCAUUUAGCUUGGAUGUCAAGAGGACUAUCAAUCACCAUCUGGCCUGUGAAACAUGACACAAAGUCAGCAUUAGUUCCUUAAUUCUGCCAGAAAUAUAGAUUGAUGUUCAUGAUGAAUGCAUGGUUGGAAAGUUCUGAAAAAAAAAUUUCGAUAUUGUUUUGGUGACCAUUGAGGUAGCAAAAGCCUUGUAUUUACACUUUUGUGAAGGUCUGAAUAGGUUACUAAGUUUUCACAGAUUUUACUAAAAAGUUAAGCUUCUAUUUAUCUCCUUUAUAAAAUCCUACAUAUAACUGUCUUGUGCUAAUAAUUUGCAUUUGAAAAAAGGCGCGUUUUAUCAGAGGGAAAAACAAUGUUACAUUUGACUUAUGUUGUAUGGUACCAGUAAUUGAAGAACUACAUGGAAGCUGUCUGCAUGAUCUGAGAAAACAGUUCAAUGACAGCAGGUGUUCGGUUUAAGCAGCUGGCUAAGGAGAGAUUGCAUCUGGCUGAUACUCAGACCCUCAGGUGUGCCAGCAGUUCUUCAGGUGAACCGAGCUAGACCCAACUUUGUUACCAUUUUACUCCUCGAUGUAUCCAUCAGCGGAUCCUUUCCUCGUCAGUGAUUAUACAUAGUUUAUGUGCAUGUCUUUUGAUUAAGCUAUAACAAGGAACAAACAAAACCAGAGGAAUUUUCAGCCAGAGGAGACUGGAUAGCUUUAGCCUGUAAGAGAAGCCUUGGACUGCAUGUGCUCUGAGCAGAGCAACUCUACUGCUAGGAGGCUGUCUGGAAUUCCUAUAUACCGAUACAGCUUCUCAAUUGGAAACCAGUGCAUACAUAUCAGUUGUUACAACUGUGCCUCUUUAAAGCAUGCUGGUGUUGUAUAGUCACUGGGCUUUCAUAUACAAGUAUUUAGUAACCUGGACGCUCUUCAUACCUGACCAAGGACAGAUGUGAACACGCAUGCAUGUGUGUAGGCAUUGCUGUGUGUUAAUUAUUUGUACGAGUCUCAUGUCUGCGUUGUCCAAGGGGUUUGAGUCAUUAGCCACAGAUCAGGAGAAUCCAAUUUGAUUACGCAUCUUAUUCAUCAGCUGGCAGGUCAAUCGACCCCCUAUACAAACUAUUAGAUCGCAUAGUCCCCCAGACCAAUGAAAGCCCAACCCCCUUAAGACCGUUUGGAUGUGGCUAUCUUAGCACUGAUUGGCGACUACAGAGGUACCGUCUGAAAUCACCUGGUGUGGUGGAUUGGAAUUUGUCCCUGCGUGAUUUGUGUACAUGUUACAGUCUGUGUUCAACUCUCUGUGUGCAAUUGACUGGAAGUUUGAAGUGAUUGCUUUUGGAGUUUGUCUUCGGCCUUGUUGUCAGUUGUUAGUUGGAUUGUUUCCACACAGGAAGAACAGCUCUGCUGACCGGUGUCCAUUGUGCCUAUCGCCCAUCAACGGGCAGGCUAAUACUGAACACGAGACCAUCAAUUCACCCAUUCAACAGAUUAAUCUCAGAUCUGUGUUUAACAUCUGACAACUACGCUCUGCAGUUCCCCCUGCCUGUGACGGCCUGCACUGCCAUUAACUCAUGACGUUUAUUGUGGCCAAUUUAAUUGUGUUGUCAUUUGAUUUGCCCGUGGACUGAACCGUGAACUGAAUUAUUUUGCAAGCCUGUCACCCGAUCAACUCUGCUGACUAUACUUUUGUGCUUUACAUAAGUGUGCGACACCAUCUCAUGAUGCAAGGCGAAAUCGGAAGCCUUCAGGAUCUUCGACUCCAGAGAAUGAUGAGAAACAGACGACACACUCUGGCCAAUGUGCGUUUUGACGUGGAAAAUGGGACUGCACAGGGCAGGAGCCCCCUGGAGGGUGCGAGUCCGUCUACAGGACUCGUGCUUCAGGCAUUACCACAGCGACGCGAGUCCUUCCUUUACCGCUCUGACAGUGACUACGAACUCUCUCCAAAGUCCAUGUCACGCAACUCCUCACUUACUGGUGAUAAUGUACAUGCUGAGGACUUGAUAGUGACGCCAUUCGCCCAAAUUCUGGCCAGCUUACGGAGUAUUCGAAGCAACUACAUUACAGUAACAAACAUCAAUGUGCCAAAAGAAAGAACCAGACGAGGGUCUUCCGUGGGUCAUGGCCAUCCACACCAUCCCAAAACACCAGAACAACAACAAGGCUCUUCUGCCCCAAACAACCCUACAAAACUCUCUGAUGAGACAUUUCAGAAAAUGGCUCUGGAGACCUUGGAAGAAUUGGACUGGUGUUUGGAUCAGCUGGAAACCAUCCAAACUCACCGAUCAGUGAGUGACAUGGCAACAAGCAAAUUUAAGAGAAUGUUAAACAGAGAACUCAGCCAUUUUGCCGAAUCCAGCAAAUCUGGGAACCAAAUAGCUGAAUACAUUUGUAGUACAUAUUUGGAUAAGCAACAAGAGCUGGAUGUACCUGCCCUAAAGGUGGAAUCCUCUGGAGAAACGGUAUCUACCCCAACCCCAGAGAAGAAAUCUGAUAAACAGCGACCUAUGUCUCAAAUCUCAGGCAUUCGAAAGUUGCGGAAAACCAACAGUUUCUCAGGGAAUGUACCAAAGUUUGGUGUAGAAACUCCUCACACAGAGCAAUUAGAAAAGUGCUUAGUUGAUAUAUCAAAAUGGGGAGUGGAUAUCUUCAAAAUUAACAAAUACUCAAACAACAGACCAUUAACCUGUGUCGUUUACAAUAUUUUUCAGCAACGAGACUUGCUGAAGACGUUCAAAAUCCCCGCAUCAGCGCUAGUCACUUAUCUUAUGCACCUAGAAGAUCACUAUCAUCACGUUCCGUACCAUAACAGCAUCCACGCUGCAGAUGUCACACAGUCCACGCACGUUCUGCUCUCAGCGCCAGCGCUAGACAAUGUAUUUACAGAUUUAGAGAUUCUGGCAGCUAUAUAUGCCUGUGCUAUACACGAUGUCGACCAUCCCGGUGUGACGAAUCAGUACCUGGUAAAUACCAGCUCAGAAUUGGCGUUAAUGUAUAACGAUGAAUCUGUCCUUGAAAACCAUCACUUAGCCGUGGCUUUCAAAUUACUUCAAGAAGAAAACUGCGAUAUUUUUGCAAAUCUUAGCAGGAAGCAGAGGCAGACUUUAAGGAAAAUGGUGAUAGACAUGGUGCUUGCAACAGACAUGUCAAAACACAUGAGUCUGUUAGCUGAUCUCAAGACAAUGGUGGAAACGAAGAAGGUUGCCGGCUCAGGUGUUUUGUUGUUAGAUAAUUACACAGACAGAAUUCAGGUAUUACAAAAUAUGGUUCACUGCUCUGACUUGAGCGGCCCCACACGACCCCUAGAAGUGUACCGCACCUGGGUGGAUCGCAUCAUGGAAGAAUUCUUCCAGCAGGGUGACCUGGAGAGAGAGAAGAAGCUGGACAUUAGCCCUAUGUGUGAUCGACUGACGGCCACAGUAGAGAAGUCACAGGUCGGCUUUAUAGACUACAUCGUGCACCCACUAUGGGAGACGUGGGCAGACUUGGUGUAUCCCGACGCUCAGGAAAUCCUCGACAACUUGGAAGAUAACCGCGAUUGGUUCCAGAGUAUGAUUCCCAUCAGCCCCUCGGCCAGUUUCUGCCACAACAAGCAGAGCGAGUCAUCGUCUGAGAGAGAUGGUGAGGACGGGGCCAAAUUCCAGUUUGACCUCGAGGAGGACAAAGAAAAUAGCUCAAACGUGAACUCUAACCUUACCAAAAGGCAAGGUGGGUCAGGGCGACCCAGCAAUAUACAGGAACAGGAUGAAAGUCCAAGUUAAUUUCUACAAAGCUGAGCGCAUGGCCUAGCUAGGAGGGUAGCGACUUGUAAGGACCUGACUGUUGGGCAGCAAGUAUACAUGGUACGAACCCUGCAGGCAUGUAGUGACUACAUCGUAAUGGUACGCUACAUCGACCGUGUCUAAAACUGAAAUCAUGGAUAUUCCACACAAUUAAUUUGGCUAUCACCUUAAUUGCUGUCACAGUGGAAUUAUGUCAAAGCUAGGACUCCCCCAGCUACAACUAAGGGGGCUACAACCAAGACUGGAGAGCCUGUGCUUUGUUGUUGUCAUGGCAACCUGUAGUGACAUGAAGGGGAGGUAACCGAACUAACCCUAAGACUGAUGUGGUAGAGGAGUAAUUGGAGAGCUGCUACUAACAGUGAAAUGAAGUGACAUUAGAUUUUCGCGGAAACUAUUGCCAGUCACUUUGCAAUAUUUCCUUCUAACUGAUCUUUAUUCCAUGUCUAAUUCUGUGUUCCUGUGGGAAAUUUGUACGUGUGUAUAUAUAUAUAUGUAUAUGUGGACAACUUUUGAUAGUUGAUGAUACGAGUGGGGUGAUCUAUGGAGAGAAUGCUGGUGAUGUUUGCAGUAGAAAAGUGGAUUUUGCUGACUAAUUCUAACUGUAAAAUGCCGUUUCCUACUAGAUUGGCCUGUUUUUGAUGUACCAAAAUAACAGUGACAUAUGUAUAUCAGAAAUCUAUACAGGCCUGACAGCAUAUAUUCCCGUCUCGCAGUGAAUGUUCUUAACAAAACGGGUGGGUUUGCUCUGUUUUAACAAAUGUGAAGUAAACUCUUCAUUUUUUUUUUUUAGCUGAAAAUUUCAGCAUUGGAAUUCAUACAUACGUAAAAUCAUGUAGAAAAUUAAGAAAUUUUUACUGACGUUUUUUCUGUUGAGGGUUUGUUUGUCUCUGACUAAUUUAAUAAUCAUCGCCUUAAAAUCAUUAUUAGACUAACCAGAUCAUGGUUUAUUUGGACUAUGUAUGAUUAAGAAGAAGACAAAAACAGAUUUUAAGUCCAAUAACUUUUGUAAAAAGUCAUCUUCAAGAAACGGAAGUCACACAGUAAUAUAUCCUCUUUCUUUAAACAUUGAAGAUUUUCUUUGAAGAAAAAAGUCUUUGUUUUAAUGUUUUUCCUCAGGAAAGUGUAUACUUUGUAUAUUCAAGAAAGAAUAUACACACACACAUAAAUGAUUCAGCUAGAUAUGAUAUAAAAUGCUGUACGGGUAGAUGUGGCAAAAGACACCAUGCCACUGGAAGUAUGUUCAUGUGUGGUCAAUUAUUUCCAAUUUAUUAUUUAUACAAAGUAGGAAAGAAAGAUCUUCUUCCUUGUGAACAGAAAUCUGGGAACGGUACAAAAGCUUACACAGGGUUAAGCUAAUUGUCUUUGAAAUUGUCUGUUAUGUAUUUAUAUUCAAAUGUAUUCUCAUUUUAUAACCUGAAAUAGAACUGCUCAAAGCCAUUUUAA